CAAAUAGAAAAUGGCUUCAGCUCGCCACUUGAGUUGAGUUAGAGUUGAGAGAUUCUAUGCUACUAUUAUACUCUUUCUCCUACUCGUCGUUCGUUUUCAGCCGACUGGAACCCUCGAUUUCGCUGCCGAAAUGCUCUGUUCUCGGAUUUUGACGAUUUCUCAUUUGCCGGCGCCGUGUUAUUCAUCUGAAUCAAGAGGAUAUCUCCGGGGAAAGUUGAAGUCCAAUCUUAAAUGGCGAUCCAUGGCGUCGGACGCAGACGCGUCGUCUUUUGCUGCCUCCGUUGACUCCGAUUCAUCGGCUGACAGAAAUUCCGCCGCGUUUUGUAUAAUAGAAGGGCCGGAGACGGUACAGGACUUUGCAAAGAUGGAGUUGCAGGAAAUUCAGGAUAAUAUCCGCAGUCGACGGAAUAAAAUCUUUUUGCAUAUGGAGGAGGUUCGUCGGCUGAGAAUACAGCAAAGAAUUAAAAGCGCCGAGCUUGGUAUUAUAAACGAAGAGCAAGAGAAUGAGCUUCCCAAUUUUCCUUCAUUCAUUCCCUUUUUGCCUCCUUUGAACUCAUCAAAUCUUAAAGAAUACUAUGCUAUGUGUUUCUCACUUAUUGCUGGAGUCAUGCUCUUUGGUGGACUUCUAGCUCCCACGCUGGAGCUAAAACUUGGACUUGGGGGGACAUCUUAUGCUGAUUUUAUUCGCAGUGUGCAUCUUCCAAUGCAAUUGAGUCAAGUUGAUCCCAUUGUGGCAUCAUUCUCGGGAGGAGCAGUAGGAGUAAUAUCUGCCUUGAUGGUGGUGGAGAUAAACAACGUGAAGCAGCAGGAGCAUAAGCGAUGCAAGUAUUGUCUUGGUACAGGGUAUCUUGCUUGUGCUCGCUGUUCAAGCACUGGAUCUCUUGUUCUUAUUGAACCAGUCUCAACACUGAAUAGCGGAGACCAGCCCCUGUCACCACCUAAAACUGAAAGAUGCUCAAAUUGUUCAGGAUCUGGAAAGGUCAUGUGCCCAACGUGUCUUUGCACGGGAAUGGCUAUGGCAAGUGAGCACGACCCACGCAUUGACCCAUUUGACUGAGAUCUUGAAGAUAUAGAGUUUCUUUUCUUCCUGCAUGGUUCACCCAAAUAUUACCAAACAUGUUUGUGCAUAUAGGCUAAAGACAGUUGCUACCUUACCUCAAAUAUGUUGGCUGUUGUAUUAAGGCCAAGACUAGGAAUAAAGCAUAACAUACACGAGCCAUUUAUACUAGGCUCACCCACUCUUGUCUCACGUGUUAA